AUGGCAACCCGGGUCAACCAGCGCAAAGCUACUCUGAACGACGGUCGUCAGAUUCCCUACGUUGGCUUGGGAACGUUUCUCUCCGGCCCCAAUGAAGUGACGAACGCCGUUGUUCAUGCCUGGAAGUGUGGUGUGCGCCACUUCGACUGCGCUCAAUUUUACCAGAAUGAGAAGGAAGUCGGCGAAGCGCUUAGGAUCCUGUCAAAUGAGCCAGGGUUCAACAGGGAUGAUAUUUGGAUCACUAGCAAAGCCUGGAACUCUCACCAUCGGCCUGAAAAUGCUGAAAAGGCUCUGAACCAGACCUUGAAGGACUUGGGAACGGACUAUGUUGAUCUCUACCUCAUUCACUGGCCUGCCAACUUCAAGGCUGUCGAAGACCCCAACUCCCCUACAGGAAUCGCUCUCGAGCCUUCAGUGAAUGGAAACAUGCUCAUUGACACGGAGUUGAGCCUGGUAGAUACGUGGAAGGCCUUCAUUGAAUUUCAAAAGCAAGGCAAGGCGAAGAGUAUCGGCGUAAGCAACUUCUCCCCCGCUCACAUCGAGCUGAUAUCGAAGCCCACGGGCGUUGUUCCAGCCGUCAACCAAGUCGAGGCCCACAUUCUCCUGAAUCAACAGGCUCUGCUUGAUUACUGUACGCCCAAGGGCGUUCAUAUUUCAGCUUACAUGCCAUUUGGCGGCGAUAUCUCCCGCAGCGGAAAGGAAGUCUUGGGACACCCAGAGGUGGCAAAGAUCGCCAAAAAGACGAACACUCAGCCCGGCCAAGUUCUGGUUUCAUGGGCUGUAAAGCGAGGAUUCUCCGUGAUACCGAAGUCUGUGAAGCCGGCUCGAAUUGAGCAGAACUUCCAAGCGUUCGAGCUCAGCGACGAAGAUUAUGAUAAGUUGGUGGCUUUAGGCAAGGAGCCGGUGAGAGGUGGUGGCUUGCCGUUUACCUUUGAUCCUGCCUGGGCAGUCAACGUGUUCAACACACCGGAAGAACAGCAAGCUGGACUCUUGGAGCCCUUUUAA